UGCAUGACAGCUGGACAAAUUGCUGAGAGCAAUGCACACAUUGUUUCACAAUACGCCUGCCAGGAGAGAGGAUUACAUCACUGUAACCAAGUCCAGUGUGUUCCCUCGAUCUUUCUGUGCCCAUCGUUGGGUAGAAAACCUUCCGGUUGUGGAGAGAGCCCUGGCAUUCUGGCCAUCACUUCUCCUGUACAUGGAAGCUGUGAAAACAAAGAGACUCCCGAACCCUGGAACAGCAUCAUAUGACACAGUUGCAGCAGCCAUAAAGGAUCCACUCAUCUUGGCCAAAUUGCAGUUCUACGCAGCACUUGCCAGGACCUUCAAUCCCUUCCUGAAAAAAUAUCAGACGGAUGAGCCUGUGCUCCCAUUCCUCCCCAAGGACCUGACCGAGUUGAUGAUGAGUCUACUCAGACGCUUCAUAAAGAGAGAAGUACUACACGAUAUCACUGCCCUGCAGCUGACCAAACUGGAUGUCACAGACAAGACCAUCUGGCUCAGCCCACAAGACAUCAGCAUUGGUCUAGGUGCAGAGUCAGUCCUUAAGAUGGUGUGCCUGGAUCCGUCAGUAAUGUAUAGAGAACCAGAAAGAGGCAGGAAUCACAUGAAAGGGCUGGUUCAAAAGUUUCUCCAGGACAAACAGCUUACUGAUACUUCUUCGGUGGAUGUCAUACUGCAGCAGUUUGACAGUCUCCUGUCCUUGGAGAGCCGGAGUGAGGACUUCCUCUCCUUUCAACCCAUGCAGAAGAGGCUGGACAUCUUCCUGAGCAGUGCCAUGGAGCCUUAUCCCGAGCUGUGGGCCUUCUUCAAGAAGCUGCUCAUCCUCUCCCACGGUCAAGCUACAGUUGAGCGUGGAUUCUCAAUCAAUAAAGAGGUGGAGUCGGAUAACUUGGAGGAGGAUACUGUGGUCACACAGAGACUGGUGUGUGACUACAUCAUACAACAUGGAGGUGUUACCAAGGUUCCACUCAGUAAACCGCUACUGGCAAGUGUAGCAAGGGCAAGGACAAGGUAUCGUUUGGAGACCAAAAGAAAGAACAGGGAGGCAAAAUACCAGGCUCUCAAGAGGAGGGAAGCAGAGGACUGUCUUGAGGAGCUGAAGGUUAAGAGGAGACGUGUACAGGAGGUAUCUGAGGGUCUGGCUAGGGAUGCGGACAGGAUGGCUGAGGAGGCUGAAGCGAAGGCAGGGAGCAAGAUGGCUGGCCUGAUCACCAGGUCAAACAUCCUGCGGAGAGGCCAUAAGGAGAAGUUGGCAGAACUGGCUCUCCUUGAUAAAGAGAUCGCUGCUAAGAGUGCAGAGCUUAGGAGUUGACUGUGUGAUCAUAAUUUUAUUUAUUGUUGAGUUGAUUUUCAUUGCUUAUUGUUCAGGAGUCUUGGCUGUUGGCGUAAGUACAAACUACUAUAAUGCAAUGUUCCAUCAGUCCAUAAUGCUUUACAGUCCACAUUUUCACAUUUGUUUGAGGAAUAAAUGAACAAAUUUUGAACAAACUUUGUCGGUAGGUCUGUGAAAUAGGCCGUGAAAUAGGUAUUACGUUUUUAUAUAAGUGGUCUUAAAAGGCACUUAAAAAGACUUGAAGAAACCUGUAGGAACCCUGAUACCGCAAUGCCAUUGAGGAGCGCAAACAGGGACCCACUCUCAAUAACAAUCUGGGUUGUGUUUGCAAGCACCAGAUUUAGUACAUGUGCGUAGCACCAUACAUGCACCUGGUUCGGAGAUUGUGCAGACAACAGUGAUGAGAAUCCUUUUUAUUUGCCUUGCAUGUUUGAUGCCCCAUCAGUCGCAUUUCCAAUGCACAUGGUCUUGCUGAGGCCCAUUUUGUCCAGAACUUCUGACAGCAUGUCGACAAAGGCCUGUCCAGUGGAUGAACUGCACUUCAGCACUGCAACAAGCCUCUCAUGAACAACAUCAGUAACAUACCUCAUAAUUAUAGAGCAUUGAUCUUGAGAGGUGAUGUCCUGCGUUGU